CAUGGAUAUGUAUUAUUCAUAUUGAUAUUUAAUAUUAUAUACCACUUAUGCUUCUUAAUUUUUUCUUUAUUUAAUGUUUUAUUUAUUGUUAUGGCAUUAAAAAUCAUUAAUCAUAUCUAAUCGAAGAAUUGGCUGGACUUUUGAAUUUUAAUAAAUUAUCUAAUGGAUAUUAAAAAUUGUAUCAAAUCGAUGUUAAUUGUUAACCAUAUUAUUAUUUAUUAUCACUAUAUUACUAUAGAUUAUCUAUGAUUAUUACCUGUAAAAGUCGAUAUAUUAACUUUUUCCUAUAUUGUGGACUUGAAUCCUGCGAUAACUACCUAUGUUGUGACGUUUACGUUAGUAAGUUGCUAACACAUCUAAACGGGCAUUCUUUUUACACCAUUAUGAGGUUGUUUUGAAGGUUAUUUUUCGAACACCAUUGAAAAAUUAUUAUUUGUGAUAUUGUGUGUUGUUUAGUGCACUAUGUAUUUUAGUUUAUUCUAAAUAUACGGUUAUUGAUGAAUACAGAUUUUUAAAUAGAUUGAUGAACAUUUUUGUUUCUAUUUUAUACCAAACAUUGUUUACUUUUAUCAUAAUUAUACAUUACCUACUUUUAAAUUUGAAAAAUUCAGUAAAUGAUAAUUGUAGACUUAAAACUUGAUUGUUAACUGGAUUUAUAUUAAAUAAUAUAGUAAGAAAAAACAAUGUACAUUCUCUUAUGAUAUUAAAACUCAAUAAUUAUAUUUAUAUUUUAUAAAACAUUACAAUCAUAUUGAUAUAUUUUUAAUUUCUUUUAGAAAAUGGAAAACAAAUUAUGUUGUAAAAUUGGUCCAUCUAUUUUGAAUUCUGACUUGUCACAAUUAUACAAUGAGUCGCAAAGACUGUUGGAUAGUGGAGCAGAUUAUUUGCACUUAGAUGUUAUGGAUGGAGCAUUUGUUCCUAAUCUGACUAUUGGACAUCCUGUUGUUAAAUGUUUAAGAAAUAAAUUGCCUAAUACCAUGUUUGAAACUCACAUGAUGGUUCAAAAUCCAAUUCAAGUAAAAUAUAUAAUCUUAUUUAUACCCUUAGGUACGUUUAAUUUAAAAUGUGCAUAGAAAUAUAAAGUUCAUACAUAUUCAAUGCAGUUGUUAAAAAUUAUAUUAUAAUUGAUAGUGUACUUGUAUUUAAUUUAAUACUUUUAUUUAGUGGAUUUCUCCAAUGGCUGAUGCAAGUGUAGAUCAAUAUACAUUUCACAUUGAACCAUGUAACGAUGUACGUUUAGUGUGCCGUAAAAUAAGAGAAGCUGGCAUGAAAGUAGGUUUAGCAAUAAAACCUGGCACAUCUGUUUUGUGUGUUGAAGAGUAUAUAGAAGAAGCUGAUAUGAUUUUAGUGAUGACAGUUGAACCUGGUUUUGGUGGUCAACAAUUUAUGACAAAUAUGAUGCCAAAAAUAGAGUGGUUAAGAGAAAAAUAUCCCACAUUGGAUAUUGAAGUUGAUGGGGGUGUUGGUCCAAAUACCAUUGAUAUGUGUGCUAAGGUAAAUGUAAAUCCAAUAAAGAAUUUUGUAUAAACUUAAAGUAUAUUCAAAACUUAUGGUAGCUAUUGUAUUAUUCAGGUUUAUUUCAACAUAAAAAAAAGAAAAAUUACUUAUUAGUAAUAAUGUUUACUAAUACCUAUUAUAAACCUAUGUAAAAAUAAUCAAUCAUUUUUAUUGUUUUUUUAAAUUGAAGUUUUUUUUACAGGCAGGAGCAAACAUGAUUGUGUCAGGCACUGCUGUAAUUCAAGCUGAAAAUCCGCCUCAAGUUAUUAAACUACUUAAAGAAUCUGUUAAUAAGCAUUUAAAUAUAAAAUAAAACUAUAAUACAUUGGUGGUAAUAUGCUAUUAAAUAAAAAAUAUAAUUUUGACACGGAUUCUGAGUGUAACAAAGAAUGUAUUGGUUUUACUAAGAUGUUAUUUUUUUUUUUUUUUUUAUCCCGUAUACAUAAAUUUGACCACAAAUCAUGCUCACAUAUCUACGUGCAGCAUCAUUUCUGAAAAGAAAUGUUAUCCAGGUGGUUCUUUUGGGAAGUCAUUUUUUGAUUUUUUAAGUGGUUUUCUUAAUAUCUGGGAAAAACCAUCAUAAAACUUAAAAAAAAAACGAGAAAUGUACAAAAUUAAUAUUUUUAUUAUAUUUCAGUUUUGUUAUUUGCUGUAAAUCAGUUAAAAAUCUUCAUUAAGACUUAAAAUUUGAACAGAAAAUUCAUAUUUGCCUUUACUUAAAGUGGUGAAAUUGUUAGACUUAACAGAAAUGCUUAAAAAUUUAAU